CCAUGUCCACUUGCAACUUUUUAUAUCAUCUAUAUGGUUGCAGUUGUGAUUAUAAUCACUGUUUACCAACAGAGUCUUCAACAUGCCUGAAAUGGAGACAACUGGUAAAAGCUUGUCUGCUUCCGGAUGAACGGAGUAGCUCGUCUAGUUGAAACUGUCGGGAAUCGUGUCAGUAGUAGUGUUAGAUUGUGCCGUUUUAUAUAUUUAGUAUGAGUAAAAGCAAGUUGUACAGAUCGACCAUGCAUGCAAGACCGAGCCAUGCUGAACUACGUUGUUUAAGUUGAUGUUCGGUUAUGAUGACUGCUAUAUUGAUAUGUUCACCUUUUUGAUUAUUUUGCUUGGACUGAAUAGAAUUGUGUAUUUUUGAUUGAGAACUGAAGCACUCUUUUAGAACUCUAAAUACUCCGUAUUAUGGCAAAACUAAAUAUUAGCUUUCGAAUAAUCUCUACAUGAUUUAUCCAGAAAGUAUAGAAUAACUUCCCUAUAUUGAUAGGAACAUUGGUGGGACUAUAAUUUAUGGGCGACUUUUGAGCGACGCUAGGCUGCCCUUGAGAGUGUCCACUUAAUAACCAGAACAAAAUGAGGGUUAUGAACCUAUGUGAGGAAUUGGAAUUAUGAUUUACAGUUGAUGAUUAAGCUUAGAAAAUAAAUUUAGGGUUUUCAUCACGAACUGACAUCAGCCAUAAUGCCAAAACUCUUUUUAUCUAAAUUGAUGAGUGAAUUUCGCGCCAAAACUCGAGACCUGCUAUUGUAACGGGAUUAAAAUCAUAAUGUAUGAUGUUGUUAAUGGGAUUUGUUUUCUUUCUAUUGCAGGGCAACCAAGAAUAAAUGCUUUAGAAGAAGAAGAGCAAGCCCUGCAUGCACUAAACUUACAGGAUGACUCAUAAGACCGUUUUGUAAACUAGCUUUCUUUUCUGUACAUAACCCGCGAGUUUAAAUUUUCAAAUGAACAACUGAUGGUCUCUGCUCCGUGUUCUCUCUGUGGUGUGAAGUGCUCAGUUAACAUUGUGUGUGUUGUGGCUUUAGGUCUUCCUGCCUUCCAGUGACUGCUGAUUACACGUGUCACAUUAUCUUAUACGUGAUUGAUUCGUCCAUAAAUUAUUGUCUUACUUGAUUUAACUACUGAUUGAACAGUUGUUGGUUCAAUAACUAACUGCUUACAUUUAUUAAAACCAUCAUUUACCCAAUCACAUUAUUUUGUUUUUGGCUGAGCUAUAUCUCGUAUCUAAACUAACUUAAACGGUUAUUCCUCAUUCCAGACUGCUUUAGUUUGGAAGCUACAGUAUCUGACUCUACGAAUAGUGGGUGCUUUGAGUAAUGAUGUUCGUUUUAUUGGUCCUGUUAUUUUGUAAAGAAUCGAUGGAGUGUCAUGUGCACCACAAGUUGUAUUCAGCUUAAAGGGUUUGAUGGAGGCGUGUGUAUUAAUACGACCAAAGUUAAUGGCAUUAGCAUCAUUCCAGCUGAUGAUUCAAUAUUAACAUAAGUGGCAUGAGAUUUGUUCGCACUGAAGGAAAACCACUGACUUAGUAGUUCGUAAAUAACAGAUUGGCCAUUAUAUGUCUCACCAUCUUAAAGUAUGGAGUGAACUUUGUAAUCUGACUCUUUUCGAUGCGCUUUUCAGGCAGAUGACAUAGGUUUUUGGAUUCAGAUGCAGAGUAGAGGUGCAGUACGUUCUAUUGCUUGUUUAUGCUUUUCAUCCCGACUUUGUACAGCCUUAAGUACAGAGUAUAUUUGGUGAAGAAAACCGGGUUUUUUAUAUAAGAUGCAUCCUUUUUAGCUUAGCUAUGGUGUUUUAGAUGACAUAAGGAGUUUGUUAGGAUGUUCGGAAAAAUAUACCAAUAAUUAUCGUGUUAAGUCUAAUGGUGUCCUUGGACGUUAAAUAGACAUUCCCUACUGGUCGAUUUUUAUUCAGUUGUUAAAUAUUGUACAAAUGUUGUUUUCUAUUUUAUGGUACGAUGUGGUUUGUUUGUUUGGUAUAUAAAUAGAGUAUGUCUGAAAUAUAAUGAUUCAUAACUCAGAGGCUGAGAUUUGUGUUCUGGACUCAACUGGCUGGGCUAGACAGGGAAGCGGGACCAAUCGAGACUCUAGGCCGUCCGUACGUGUUUUCCGUGUCACUGAAGCGAUCGAUAAAAACGCUGCUCUCUAAUCUUCCAGACAAGGACACAACAGUUGGCACGGGGUAAAAAUCGAUCCAAGUUUAAAGUCACAACAGAGUUAUUAUUUCAAAAGCCGUUUCGGCGGGAUCAGUAAUGUCUGAUACGGACUAAGUGGUGCUAUUGAUGUUGCGUAUAUCAAGAGUGAGGCAUUAUUCCAAACCCUAACGAUAUACACAAUUGACCACACUUCAGAAAUUGUAAACAAUGUAGUAAUAAUAAUGCAAGUAAACCUCUACUUUUGAAAUUAAACUCAGCAGUAUCACAAUUUCAGUCAGUAAUAGUAAACCAUAAAGUGUCGGGGUGAUUCGGCUUUUCUGCUUACUGGCAAUACAGAUAGGAUAGUAACCCUUGUACACUAUUCCCAUACGUCCAAUCUUCGUUUAAAACUAAUGGAGUGAAUAUAAGUAUUCGAUCUAAUCUUCCUUGUUAUUCUUCAAUAGUUAAUUUUCUACAGUUAAACGUUUUAUUCGUUAUCCUCAUACUUGAUGAACGAGGACAAAUUUGCUUGAAUAUAUAUUCAGCAAUUGAAUUCACUAGAGUAUAAAGUAGUAAUAAUCAAUUAAAGUAGUAACAAUUAAAGUAUAAUUCGACUGAAUGGACAAAACUGGACUGGAAUAAGUAUUGAAUUAAUACCCGAUUUAGACCUCUUUGUAAUUAAAUUGGAUUUUAUGUUGAUACUGGCACUUAGAAUCACAAGUAAUUGUAUUCAAAUUGACGUAACACUGAUAACAGAAUAUCAAGUAAUUGUCCUGGAGAGAUAAAAAUUCAGAACUGCAUUAGACUGAUCGAAUCUGCAUUGUAUUGAAACAAAUACAAACAAUCCAGUGUCAAUUGGUCAGCAUGUCUCAAGUAUUCGUAGAUCAAUAUAGCCAUGUAAUAUACUUAACAAAUAGAUUACAGACAACCAAACAAAAUAAUACUUGGAAGAUUAACGUAUUAGACAUUUUAUGUGUUAUAUUCCGAUGAGAAUAAUGAAUGGUAACUGUCGGAAUCUAUUUCUGGACUAAUACGACUUACCAUUAUCCAGUUAUGUCCAGUUUAGUAAUUACCGUUUCCCACAUUCACAGACACUUUUGGCCAAAUCUUGUACAAAUGUUGUUUCCUAAUUUAUAGUACGAUGUGGUCUGUUUGGUUUGUAUGUAAACCCAGUAUGUUCGAAACAAAUGAUUCAUAUCGUAGAGGUUGAGAUUGGUGUUCUGGACUUAACUGGCUGAGUUAGGCGAGAAGCAGGACCGAUAAGGACUCUAGACUGCUCGUACACGUUUUAUGCUUAUUAUGGUCAGGUCGACAAAUCACUGUUCUCUAAUUGGCGGUAUCAUUACUUUAUACAUUAAUAGGACACAAGUUAUAACAAUAUGAUUACACAAUUGAGCACAAGUUAACCAACAGAAUAAAAGUAAUUCGUUUUAUAGCCACAUAUCUUAUUCGAAAACGAGUAUACGUUUAUGUUCCUUUAAUGUUGUAUGUAACACAAUACCAUAUUAAAAUAGCAUCAAAGAUGCAGAGACGAUUAUUUCUCUGUUUUUCAAAUCAACUGAGUUUUUCGGACAACGAUGUUGAUAUGAAUAUGGACUUCAUUAUAUCCGUUAUUAUUUAUUUGUAUCUCGUACAAUAUUGUAAAGCUGUUAUUUACAGUAGUUUAGUAUGAAGAUAUUUAUUAUUCAAAAAUGUUCGUUGUACGUUGAACUGAAGGUCUUACUCUUCUGCUAACUCCAUUUAAAGGAUGAGUCGUUUUUCAACUAGAUAAGUCUGGCGUUAAAAUAAUUUUUUUAAAGUAGAAUCGCACCACCGAUACGAAGGGUGUUAAACACCUUAGCAUUCUAUGAAAGUCUUUCUUGGCUGUCAAACUGUGUGCAAUCAUUUGAAGCAAAUAUUUCGGUAGGGAUUUAUAUGUAAGUUUAUCAUCUCUCGGUAAAUAAAUGACAUUAAAAAAAUCAUUUAUUAAUCAAAUUUAUUGAGUUAAAAAAAACGAAGUUCAGUAAAGAAUGACUUUUAGAAAUAAUUAUUUUGGCAAACAUUGAAUAUUUGGUGCCAACUCCAUUUAUUUUAUUUGGUUUAACUUCCUGAUGAUGAAUAUCUGAGGAUCUAGGCUUUAUCUUAGUAGUUCACAGUUUACAAGAAACAUUUUUGUGGGGCCUUUUAUUUUGUCGUCAUUUAGAUCAGACGAUGUUUGUUGACGGGCUCUCCACUUUAGCGGCCCGGGAACUGACUGCAAGUAGAUCGCAUGAAUGAUCGUUGUCGAAAUAUAUAUGUCGCCUAUCCUCGUAUGUCUCUAUAGACUUAAUUCGCGUUCAGUGAAUAACGGAAUUAAAUAAGUCAAAUAACGAGAAUGGACUUUUGAAUACAUAUAUUUUAUAUAUGAAGCGAACAGAAUAGAGCAAAGCGAAACGACGCGCAGUGGAGACGGCGGAUAAGCCAACUCUAUUUAACCAAGCGUUAAUCAAUAUUUAUAGUUACACAAAAAUAAGUUACAGACAUGUGAUGAAUAGGACAAGAAAUGUGCACACAUAUAUGCGCUCAUUUAAAAACAGUGAAGAUUGAUAAGCGAAUAAUUAACAAGGUCAAAAUAUGACUCAAGUAGAAUGAAUAGAUUGACCUGUCCGAAUGCUAGAAUAAGGUAUAUGGGCUUAACAUAAUAACCAACACUACACAUUCAGCACACGGCUUAACAUUCUUCCCCUGCCUUUAUUCUUACAUUGAAUUAAGCAUUUUGUCAUUGACUUGAAGUCGUCUACUGUAGCUAACAAUUAUUAUUAUUAUUAUUAUUAUUAUUAUCAUUAUUAUUAUUAUUAUUAUUAUUAUUAAUGGCUUUAUUCAAUAUUAUAUUUUGGUACAAUAUAGAACUUCUCAGCACAGGGUAUUUCAACAAGUUUCUCACACAAAUAAAAGCAGAAACAAAGACAAAAAGGAGAAAAAAUGUUAAAAAAUACCCGAAAAACUGUACAACUUUUCAAAUUAGAGACAUGGUUAAGAAUGCAGAUUAUUGACUAGGUUAACUCUAACAACCUGUUCGUCACAGAGUAUAUAGGUAAGGUAUUAUAGAACUUUUAUACUUUUGCUUGCGUGCAUGGAUUUUAAUGUAAUUAUGUCUCGUUCAACCAGAAGAUAAACAAGGAGAAAGAUAAGAGUGAAGCGGAUGGUUAGUAUCUGGUAAAAUAACACAUGAGAAGAGUUUGCAUGACAAUAGAUGUCUAUCCAGAACCAUAUUAAUUAUGACCUCGAAAGACUCACCACACACUUUGCUAACUGCUUUCAGCACUCUCCGCAAUAUAGCAAAGUCUUUUCUCAAAAGCCCGUGAAAGAAUAAUACAAAACAGUAAAGAAUAAUAGGUAAUAUGCAAGAAUUGACAAACUGUAAGAGUAAAUGACGAGUAAUUCCAAGAGCAUACAGCCUCUUCAUGUAGUAAGUCAGACGGAAAACCUUCUUUAAUAACAAUGAAACGUGAGAAGACCAAGAGAAAUCAGAGGAAAAGGUAACACCAAGAUAAUUGACCUUCGACACUUUGUUUCUCAAAGAGUCUCCAAUGGCACAAGCAUUAUAGGAUCUCAAAAUGGUGUUUAGAUGCCGUUCAUGUCUCAUGCUUAAGUUAACAGCUUGACAUUUAGAUGGAUUAAUUAUGAGACCAUUAGCAACAGGCCAACUAUCAAUACGAGACAAAAACUCAUUCAUUUCUAUGGGAUGUAAAGAGAUAGAGAUAGGUAUACAUACAGUGAGGUCAUCUGCAUAGUUCACAAAAGUUUUUUCUGUGGAAGAUAGCAGAUCAUGCAGAAAAAAAGAGAAAAGAAGAGGUGAAAGAACGGCUCCUUGUGGUACACCUUCAUGAGACAGUAGAGACUCUGAACACUUUCCUCCAAGUACAGUGUACUGUUCCCUUCCAGAGAGCUGGGAACGCAGUCAUUUGGUUAUCCAGCUGUCAAUGUUGACGCUGAUUAACAUGUCAAUUAAAUGUUGUCUUGGUAUAGAAUCAAAAGCUCGAGUAUAGUCCAGAAAAGCCCAUCGAACAUAUUUCUUACUCUUUUCUAAGUUGAACACUAUAUAUAUAUAUAUAUAUAUAUAUAUAUAUAUAUAUAUUACUAACAACACUAUGGGAGCUUCUUCGACACUACGGCGUGCCUCAGAAGAUAGUCAAUAUCAUACAGAACUCAUAUGAUGGAUUACACUGCGAAAUCGUACAUGGAGGACAGUUGACAAAGUCGUUCAAAGUGAAGACCGGUGUUAGGCAAGGUUGCUUACUCUCACCCUUUCUCUUUCUCCUGGUGAUCGACUGGAUCAUGAAGGCGUCAACGUCUGAAGGGAAGCGCGGGAUACAAUGGACAUCUAAGAUGCAGUUGGAUGAUCUAGACUUCGCAGACGAUCUGGCCAUUCUAUCCCAAACGCAACAACAAAUGCAGGAGAAAACGACCAGUGUAGCAGCAGCCUCAGCAGCAGUAGGUCUCAACACACACAAAGGGGAAAGCAAGAUUCUCCGAUACAACACAGCAUGUACCAAUCCAGUCACAAUUGACGGAGAAGAUUUGGAAGAUGUAAAAACCUUUACAUAUCUGGGCAGCAUCAUUGAUGAACACGGUGGAUCUGAUGCAGAUGCGAAGGCGCUGAUCGGGAAAGCAAGAGCAGCAUAUUUUCAACUGAGGAACAUCUGGAACUCAAAACAACUGUCUGUCAACAAACCAAUACCAAGUUCAGAAUUUUCAAUACAAAUGUCAACACAGUUCUACUGUACGUGGUGGAAAUCUGGAGAACUACGAAAGUCAUCAUCCAGACGAUACCGGUAUAUAUUAACAGUUGUCUACACAAAAUACUUCGAAUCCGUUGACCAAACACUAUCAGCAACAACCUACUGUGGGAGAGAACAAACCAGAUCCCAGUAGAGGAAGAAAUCAGGAAGAAGCGCUGGAAGUGGAUAGGACACACAUUGAGGAAAGCACCGAACUGCGUCACAAGACAAGCCCUCACAUGGAAUCCUCAAUGUGAAAGGAAAAGAGGAAGACCAAAGAACACAUUACGACGGGAAAUGGAGACAUAGAUGAGAAGAAUGAAGAACAAUUGGAUAGAACUUUGAAUGGAAGGCCCAGGACACAGUGGGUUUGAGAUUGGUGGUCUAUGGCCUAUGAUUUAUUGGGAGUAACAGGCGUAAGUAAGUAAGUAAAAAAUAACGAAUAAGAUUUUACAUCAGUCAGUGAUUGACUGAUGUAAAACCAAUCAGCAAGAUAUAUCAGAAUCGUAGCAAAAAGUAAAUAACUAUAGAAAAGGAAACUCAUAAUUAGAAAUAAGAAGAAUGCAAUCAUAAAAUUAGAUAUAUGUUGUGAAACAUCAGAAAUGAUAUCAAUAAUAUUAUUGUUUUUUUUUAAUUUUCGGAUUAAAACCCAACUUUCAGUCUAAUCAUGUGGUACAUUUCAAACUAUUGGAAAUGAUUUUUAUGAAGUUUUUGUCAUGAUCAAAAUAUUCUUAGUUGAGAAACAUUAUAGGAACUAUAAAUAGUGAUUAAAUUUUCUAAAUUACGAAAUGUGUAUAUCAACAAAGACAUUGUUACAAUUCAGAGGCAAUGUACUUAGUGAAAUGCUAAGACUAAAUGUACGUAGAUCAAUCCAAAGGAUUUUCAAUGCAGGUAAAGUACAAUUAUUGUUUUCUACACAUCUGAUAAUCACCCCGAGGUUGAAAGGUAAAUUACCUAGACUAGCUGUUUCUUUCCGUAUCUAUCAAUUCAACUGCUCAUGCGAAGCAAGUUAUAUUGGCAGAUGUUCUGGGAAUUUUUAUAUUCGAAGUCGAGAGCACCACUCAGUGUGGUUAAGUAAAGGUGUAGUUAGAACUGUUAACAGCUUCAUUCUAGCUUAUUUAAUUCAGACGGAACAUACAGCAAACAUGGAUCAGUCUUUCAUAAUGAUAUAUCGUGUUAACAGCAGUCUGCCCGAUUCCGUCAGACUGAGAAUCCUUAUUACUAUUAUUAUUAUUAUUAUUAUUAUUAGCCUUGGUAACCUUUUUGAGAAGUUUAUUCAGCAUCAACCCCAAUGUACUAAUUCUUGCCUAAUUAGCAUUACUCUACAUAUUACGUAAUUUUCGGUUUGUAAUUACAUUAUUCUCUCUCUCACUCCAUAUUGACCAUAUUUAUCCUGAUCAUUUAUCUCACAAUUUCAUUUUACGUAUAAGCUAAUUCAAGUUAACACUUCAUAUUAGUCAACCAAAUAUUAGUGAUUUUAUUUUAUAUGGCAAACAAUCCUUUAUUCACAUGUUACAAUUUUAAAUGAUGUAAUCUGCCUUAGACUUAGGCAGUUUUAUGGAUCAUUCAUUUGGAUAUAUAAUUGUAGCACCUGAUGAGAGACAUUUUUAUUUAUGCUGGUACAAAUGUAUUUUACAUAAUAUUAAGUUAAAGAUUUUAAGAUGUCAAUAUUUUAUAUUUCUUUGGUCUUGUUGACGAAAAAAGAACGUUUUCCGUUGAAAAAUGGUAGUUAUUUUAAGUAUUUGCGCUUGUAACAUGAAAUCAUUGACUCGUAUAUACCUUAGUUUUUAUAUGAAAUCGCGGACUAUUGUUAAGUUAGUAAUUUUCAUUGAUUGAAAUCCUGAGUCAAUUGAAGCUAGACCACCAUGGAAAAACUGGAAGCACUGGACGGCCGUUUCGUCACAGUAUGAAACUCCUCAUCAGUGCGCACCCACGAUCCCGCAGCCUCACGAGAUUCGAACCCAGGACCUAUCAGUCUCGCGCCAGGCGCUUAACCAACUAGACCACUAAGCCAGUCGGCAUCCAACGGUGUUAAUGUCUAACUUCAACCAAUCUACGAAUUUGCGCCACCGUACACCAUUGUCUUCAGAGAGUUGAUAUCUCACGACGGACCUGGUUGAACUCCACUGGUAAUGGCUUCUCACUAGAACUCCAGGAGUUUUCCUUGAAGUCAGUCACUAGUGAGCGGGAUCAUGAAUGUGCACUGCUGAGGAGUCCCAUACUAGGACGAAACGGUCGUCAAGUGCUUACAGGUUUUCCAUGGUGGCCUAACUUCAAUUGACUCAUGAUUUCAAUCAAUGAAAAUUACUAAAAUCUACACAAAACCCCUUCUGUUAAUAAUUCUCAUUGAUUUAUAUUGUUACUUGAUAUAACAUUUAGGUAGUGUUAAAGAACAGAAACAACAUUAUAAGUAGUAUAUAAGUGAUUCUUUUAUUUUAUGAAUAUCACCAC